GAGGAGCUCUGAGACUUAUUUACACUGAAAAGGAGGAGGAGGAGGAUAUGUCACCUUUAAAAAACAACACAUCUUCAGUCUGCCUCAAGCCAAACAAAAGGAGCGCUGUAAAUUGUACAAAAGCGUUGGGAACAUUUUGGCACUGAAACGUUGCCAAUGUUUUUGUGCAGUUUAGACAACUAGCAGGAGUUUGCCUAAAUAGUUCCCGGUAAUAAAAAACAUUUAACCAGAGAUGUUAGAGAUGUUAUGUUAUCUUCACAACUAUUCAGAUUCAGCAAUUAAAAAAAUAUAUAAUUUGACAGCACUGAUUUUGAGAAAUAUUCAAACUGAGAUCUCCAGAUUUCUGCGUAAAUAACAAUGUGUCCUCAUUAAAACAUAAAAACUCUGUUGUCGUCCUUAAACUAUUUUUAAAAAUGUUUAUUUUGACUCAAACUUUAAUUCUGUUUUUCUUCGACUGUUUUAGGAAAAGUCUGAGACUCUUUUUUACAUCUGUGAGGUUUUUCUUAAAGAUGUCUCUUUGAGGAACCAAAGGGCUUUGAGCUGAGAGGAAACCAGGAAGUACAGAAAAUGAAAGGAGACUUUUCAUUGGAUGGACAGAUAAUAACACGUCUUGAAUAAAAACCUGCGACACUGACAGUUUUGUCUUUUUAAAAUCUGGAUCGGUUUGGUCUCAUUUUGGACGUUGGAGUCGUUUUUGGACGCCGGCUCCUCAGAUUUUGCCAAAACGCUGAGAUUUGAUACCCAGCCUCGACAUGAAGCGCACAGAUUACACGGCGGGAUUAGUCCACACCUAAUCUGCACAUAUCAAACACUUUGUAAUCCUGCUUCCACGGUGGAAAUAAUCGGGUUUGAGGUGACCUAAUCCAGACAAAUAAUCCAUCUGUAAUCACAGAAUUAUCAACAACAACAACAACAACAACAACAACAACAUCCUUUAUCUCACCCUGAAACACCUCCAAAGACGGCUGCUCAUUUCUAACAGCGCUGCAGGUUAAAGUUAUGUCAGAGAGCUGCAAACAGUUUAGAGACAUUUAAGACACCGUGCCCGCUGUGCAGCUUUUCUCUUCUACCACCAACGCUUUAAAAACAUAACUUGUGUUCCAGAAAUAAACUCUUUUCUAGGCCUACUUCUUAUUUAUUUUUUAAGAUUUAUUUUUCUGGUCUUUUUUGUAAAGUCAGGAUGGUGGAUAGAGACGGAAAUUGGAGAGAGAGAGGAGUAAUGUGGGAAGGGAGCCACAGGUCGGAUUUGAACCCAGGCCGUGCACUUUGAGGACUGCUGCCUCUGCAAGCUAAUCACUUGGCCACCGACGCCCCCCAGGCCUACUUCUGAGUGUGUUUACAUGGACAUGAGUAUCCCGGUUUUGAUCCAGUUCUUGUGUCUGUACAUGUGAACAUCAUAUCCAGAUCAUGAGAUACCAGAUUUUGCUAACUGGAUCCUGUGGCAUGUAGACGCCUUACUGCGGUUUCUGACAGCUGACGACUACCUGCAAAGGCGCCGCCUCCGUCAAGUGACAUAUCAGCAAAACAAACAUGGCGGCGGCAGCAUGAGCCUCAUUCUGGAGCUCUUUUCUCUGGUUGCUGGAAAUGAGGAGGAUACGUCAUAUCUUCAACGCCAUGUCUUCAUUCACGCAUUAACCAGAAGUCGUCUCAUUUUUCACAAAUUUGCUGCAGUUUGUGUUUAGAAAUAAACAUCACAGGCGCCUGCACAAACAGGAUGCAGUAAUCAAAAAGCAGGAUGUGAGUGUUUGUCAUGUACACAGGGAGGUGAAGAACCGGGUUUCUCUGCGUGCAUGUAAACACCAGAUCCUGAAUAUGAUCCAAACCGGGAUAACGAAGUCCAUGUGAAGACCCUCAGUGAAUGCAAACCUGGAGCCAUGUGUCAAUUAGCUUAGCUUAGCAAAAAGACCUCCAUCCCAACCACGAGAAGAAGGAAAAGGAAAACAGGAAGAAGAGCCUGCAGAGUCUGGAAUAAACUCUUGUCGACUUUCUUUUAGUGGUUACAGAAAAAAAGAUUAAUAAGUGUGUCUGUGUUAAAUUCACACCUGUAGCCAUGAGGCAAUUAGCCUAGCUUAGCACAAAGACUGAAAGCAGGCGAAGUUUGUGGGUUUGCUAAACGUGUGUUUUUGUCGGUUCUCUGUAGGAUUUUCUUGUUUUUCUCCUCAAAACCAGAUGUAAGGAUGAUGAGCAGCUCUUUGUUUUCAGAGUGUGUGUUGUGUUUUGUGUGUGUGUGUGUGUGUGUGUGUGUGUGUGUGCCCGUGUAGGUGAUAGAGGAGGGAUUAUCUCUUUGUCCCCAUCCUGGACCUUUGCAUUCCUGCUCUCUACAUGCAUCUAAAGCUUACAGCCCCACCAGCCCAACACACGGACAAAAUGCCUCAGUCAGUGGUUUCCUUUGACAGUAAAACGCUUACAGGCAGGGCCAGAGGGGCCGGUGGCGUUUCUAGGCUAUGCGAUGACCCGGUGGCUUUGGCGCGGGCCAACAGUGAUGACGAGAGGUUUUCUAUUGUGCGCUGAGCCUCGACGUUUGGCCUUUGCCAGAGUAUAAAAGCUUGGGUCGAGCGUUGACGGGACCAGCACGAGCCAGCCUCCCUCACACGGCACAGCAAGCUAUACUAACGCAGACUCUCCUGAAGCCCCUCACCAUGUCUCAGACUGCCAAGUCCGCCUCCAGCCAGGGCACCGAUGCCAAGGACAAGGGAGCUCCCGCCCCUGCCGCCUCCAGCAAGGCCACCAAGACCGGAGAGCCCGGCAUGGGAACCUACAGAAUCAUGCUGUUCGACCAGGAGAACUUCCAGGGCAGGAUGAUCGAGGUCCAGAAUGAGUGUAUGAACGUGUGUGACCGUGGCAUGGAUAAAGUGCGUAGUAUCAUCGUGGAGUGCGGCCCCUUUGUUGCCUUCGAGCAGACUAACCUCCGUGGGGAGAUGUUCAUCCUGGAGAAGGGAGAGUAUCCUCGCUGGGAUACCUGGAGCAACUCCUACCGCAGCGACUGCCUCAUGUCCCUCAGGCCCAUCCGCAUGGACAGCCUGGAGCACAAGAUCUGCCUGUAUGAGCUCUCUGACUUCAAGGGCAACAAGAUGGAGAUCCAGGAGGAUGAUGUGCCCACCCUCUGGGCGCAUGGCUUCUGUGACAGAGUGGGCAGCGUGAGGGUGCCUGGAGGAGCGUUUGUGGGUUACCAGUACCCUGGAUACAGAGGCUACCAGUACCUGUUUGAGUGCGGUGAUUACAGACACUACAACGACUUCAGCGCCUUCCAGCCCCAGAUCCAGUCCAUUCGUCGUAUCAGGGACAUGCAGUUCCACCAGAGAGGAUGCUUCACCUUCACCUCCGCCAGCAAGUGAACCACACCUGCCGGCCGUCUGGUGCUGCGGUAGCCAUGCAGCCCCUCUCAGCUUUUUAUCUCUCCAAACGGCCACUACCAAAACUUUCCUAAAUUUCCACCAUCGACGCUCCAUCCCAAAGGAAAGAAACAAUGAGAGCAUAAACACGGGACAACAUUCACUGACUUUUUAUGGUGCUAAAAAAUAAACAUGUUGUGAAAAA